GAAAGAAUUGGAGUUAGUGUAAAGGCUACAAUGUGGAUAUGAGCGUGAGACACCGGCUCUGGGAUACAGAGGAAUAGAGGAGGGGAGCGCGAGAUGCUGACAGAUUCCUGAUAGAUGUGCAAAAUGGCGCAAGCAUGUUCGACCCUUACGAGCCACCAAUUGUGGUAGCUCGGAACACGAAGAGCUAGCUGGAUAGCCCUAUCUGUUUUCAUCUGAUCGCCUUGCGGUGUUUUCUAAGUAUCUUACAAUUGUUCUUAGUGAUUAGCCUAAAUGUCUCCCAAAAAGCGCUGCCUUGUUCCAUGCUUUUUUGGAAUACUCCUCAACGCUUUAUUAGGUGUGACAUCUGGAGCCGAGCUCUCCUUCACCCUGGAGCCCAGUGACAUCAUUGCGGUGCAGGAGCAGCCCCUCAUGCUCCACUGUCAGGUGGACGGAAUCCCACCAAUCACCACGCAGUGGAGGAGGAACGGAAUUCCCCUGGCGGACAACCAAUACUACACCAUGUUCUACAAUGGUUCUCUGCUGAUCAGACGCUUCCAGAAGACCAAGUCCAACAGCUCCACCGACGAGGGAGACUAUGAGUGCAUGGCCCAGAAUUCCUUUGGUCUGGUGGUGAGCCGCAAGGCCAGGGUGCAGGCUGCCACCAUGGCGGAGUUCAAUGUCCAGCCGGUGGCGGUGCAGGCGGAGGAGGCCGGCGUGGGUCGCUUCCAGUGCCAGAUUCACGGCCUGCCCGAGCCUGUCAUCAGCUGGGAGAAGGACGGCCGCCCUGUGGACACUAAGGAUGAGAGGUACACCUUGCUUCCCACCGGGGUGCUGCAGAUUACAGGUCUGUGUCAGGGGGAUGCCGGUGUGUUCUGCUGUGUGGCCCACAACAGCGCAGGAGUGAAGUACAGCGCUGGGGCCCGCCUCACCGUUUCAGGCUCCCAGUCGUCUGUUUACAAAGAGCCCAUGAUCCUGGUUGGUCCUGAAAACCUCACUCUCACCGUUCACCAGACGGCCAUCUUGGAAUGUGUUGCCACAGGAUAUCCCCGGCCCAUCGUGUCAUGGAGCAGGCUUGAUGGCCGGCCGAUUGGUGUUGAGGGCAUUCAGGUUCUGGGAACGGGGAACCUGAUGAUCUCAGAUGUCGGAGUCCAACACUCUGGCGUCUACGUCUGUGCUGCCAACAAGCCAGGGACCCGCGUACGCAGAACCGCUCAGGGACGCCUGGUGGUCCAGGCUCCAGCAGAAUUUGUUCUGCCUCCCCAGUCCAUCUCUCGGCCAGUGGGCACCACUGCCAUCUUUACCUGUCAGGCGCAGGGUGACCCGGCGCCACAGCUCACCUGGCUGAAGAAUGGGCAGAUCCUAGAGGCCGGAGGGAAUGUCAAACUCAGGAACAACAACAGCACACUGACCAUCUACGGCAUCAGUCAAGAGGACGAGGCCAUCUACCAGUGCAUCGCUGAGAACAGUGCCGGCUCUACACAGGCCAGCGCCCGUCUGACUGUGCUCUGGGCAGACGGGCUUCCAGGGAUGCCCGUUCUGGUUCGGGCUGAGGCCCUCUCACCCACAUCCAUCCAGGUGUCCUGGAAGGAGCCGGCCCAGAACAAUCAGGAGAUCAUCGGCUACGUUCUCCAUAUCCGCAGGUCCACAGACCCAAUUGAGAUGGAGUACCAGGAGGCAGUCAGUAAGGUGACUCUUCAGCAGGCAGUGGGUGACCUGGAGCCCUCCACCAGCUACACCUUCUAUGUGAAGGCCUACACCUCCCGCGGAGCCAGCAAGCCCUCAGAGAGCACCACCGAGAGCACGCUGGGGGAAGGUCAGCCUGGGGCACACAUUUUGCCAUCCCCCCCGUCCCUGUUCACUAAGCUGGUGAACAGCAGUGUGGUGCAAGUUGUGUGGGAACCGUCCUCUAAGAUGGGUCAAAACCAGGGCUUCAGGCUCUACUACAGGAGGGCCCACGCCCCCCUCUUCACCGGUCCACUCACCUUCCACCGCAACGUCACCCAAUACAACAUCACCCAGCUGGAUCCAACCCUAGUAUAUGAGAUAAAGGUUCUGGCAUUCAACCAACACGGAGAUGGCAACGCAACCGUGCGCUUCGUCUCACUGAAAGAGGCUGUAGAGAAAUCAGUGCUGAACACCCCCUGUGACUGUGUGAAGGACGAGCAGAGCAAGACGUCUACGACAGGUAUCAUCAUCGGCAUCCACAUUGGAGUCACCUGCAUCGUCUUCUGUGUGCUCUUCCUCAUGUUCAGCUACAGGGGCAGGCUGAUGAUAUGUAAGACAGUGCGGGCCACCCCCCAGGCCAGCCGUGGCGUUACCCUGGAGUCUUCCUCCCAGGCAGCCCUGGCGCUAAACGGGCUGGGCAGGACGAGCUCAGAGGAGAACGGCAGUGCUGCUGGGAAAAUCACGGGGGACAGCAACGAGCUGGAAAGACUCUUCUCAGGCCCGUCCCACUGUGGAAAUGGAGUGGACAGCUCACGCAUGUUGGAGAGCUCCCCGUUGUCCAAUCCUCUGAAUGAGACCCAGUUGUCCACGCUGCCACGGGAAGACUUCAGCCUUGUCAUGGAGGGGGACAGAGUGACGCAGUUCCUGGGGCCUGGGUCACCCAGCAGGACCAGUGCUGAUAGAAGGCCAAGUCUGAGACACAGUUACAGUGUCACUUCUGACUCUUCUCUCACUCAGGUCCACUGAAGGAUUUCCUUUCAAAUUAGUUCCCCUUAGUGCAAAUAUUUUUGUUAUUGAUCAGUCAAAUACGUAGCGUCUGGAAAACGUUCUAGUGGUCUUGGACAAGUUAUUGGGGGUGUAUCUAAGCUGGGUUUUGGUGCGCUUUUGCGAAGGACGGCUAUCUUUUAGCUUUGGCAGUUGAAUGAAGUGUUCUCUUAUUAUUUACUUACUUUUCUGGAUGCAGGCAGGACAGAAUUUAUGCUCAGAAUGUCUUUGUUAUACAUUCAUCAUUUAUCUCAGAGUUUAAUAUCACAAAGUGGUUAUAAGUUAUUGGUCUUAUUUCUACUUUUUCUUUUGAUGUCAAAGACAAACUCCUGCUGCCUACUCUCAGCCUACCAAUGAUUCCACAAACAUCCAAUGAAGACCAAGGCCUUCUUCAGUGAUUUCAUAUAUUCUCUGUCUCAGGACUUUUUUUCAGUGAUAUUAAUGGUUUUUUUAGUUGUGGGCCUUCAUACAGGCUCUAGACUUGGCUAUGUGAACCAUAGGAUUCGACAAAAACCUACCUCAGCCGGAAUGAAUGUGUUGUGGGAAGCCUUUUGGAUAUGUGUCUUCCCUUUGUGUUCAGUUACUUUUACAUGUAGAGGAAUCGGUUACAAAAACACGAAAACAGGUGCCACGCUACCUCAGAUGUCAAGAACCGCAGCUCUCCUGCUUGUCGAAGCGAAAUGGGAAAACAAUAUCCUCGACGUAAAGCACUUCCAAACGCUGAAGUCAAUGUUCUACCUCAAGAUAACAAUGUCCUCGUUGUUGUUGUCGUCUGUCGUUCUUUCUUUCAUAAUGAAACGUGUACUUCUGUCGUGAGAGAUCCUGGCUUCCCUUCGUUGAUGAAUUGCUGUUCGUGGAUAUGUCAGUACCUCAUGCAAGUUGGCAAAUUACAUUGUUGUAUGAAUUCUCCUUGUAGAAAUGUUUUGUGUUCCAUAGUGUUUGUAUACCAUUAUUAUAUUAUUUUUUUUACUUUUCAAGUGUUUUAAUUUGAAUCUUCAUUGCUUUAGUUGAUGUACUUUUAGUGAUGCACUGCACUGCUUCUUAUAAUUUCAGGACAAUUUGACUGCUAAUUGAGAUAUGCUAUAUUCUGUUGGGCAGGAGAGGUUUAGUUACGUUCACCCUCAAAUGAGACAUACAGUACAUCAUAUGUGUAUUUAUGAUCGAUUGCUUGAUUUAAUUGCGUGCGUGCGUGCGCGCAUUUGUGUCUGUGUCCGCGCGUAUGUUUGCGCCUGUGUGGGUGACAGUGAGUGGCUGUACACACACACACAUACAUAGACAUAUAUAUAUAUAUAUAUAUAUAUAUAUAUAUA